AUGGCUUUAAUGAAAGAAUGUUCAAAGAUCUCUUCUUUACCAACGGUCGAAAAAAAAGGGCAUAAAAGGAAUGUUCUCCCUGAUAAUCUGAAAAAUAGGCACAUUGAUGGUCGUCUCGCAAAAUUCUGUUCCCUCUCUCAUGGGGAACGAUUGUUAGAAUGUGACGCAUAUUUCGAAUCAACUCAUGAAUAUUAUUUUGAAAGAUCAUCCGAUUUAUUUGAGUACAUCAUUGAUUUUUACGUGAAUGGGCGCCUUCAUCGACCGCUGGACGUUUGUCCGAUUCGAAUGCAAAAUGAACUUGAAUUUUGGCGAAUACCUAUAACUAUGCUUUCGAAAUGUUGUCAACUCGACUCUAAUCAAAGCAUGGUGGCAUCAUUUUCUCGAAACCCAUCAAUAUUUGAUGAGAUGAGGCCACAGCUUUUUCAGUUAUAUCACGAGGCUUCAUGCUCGCUGUUCAAAAACACUUGGCUUGGCAACCAAAGGAUGAAAGCUUGGAACUUAUUAGAAAAUCCUCGAUCAUCACUGGCUGCAAAAAGUUUAUCGCUUCUGUCAGCGUUUUUCGUCCUACUUUCUCUUGCUGUCCUUAUCCUAGCGUCUAUGCCAGAAUUUCAAGAUGAAAACCAAGAACCACAUUGGUUUCUAACACAUAUGGAAAUGAGCUGCAUGUUAUGGUUUACACUAGAAUAUAUCGUCCGAUUCGCAAUAAGUCCGAAAAAAUUGGUGUUUCUAAAAUCACCACUCAACAUAAUUGAUCUUUUGACCAUUGUACCAUUUUAUGUCGAAAUGUGUUUGCCAUAUAUUGGAAUUAUGCAUACAGUUGAGCUGAGGAAUAUAAGAGGUGCCAUGAUUGUAGUUCGUGUUACUCGAUUGGCAAGGGUCACACGAAUAUUUAAACUCGCUCGAUAUAGUACUGGCCUCCGUGCUUUUGGACAAACUAUGCAGAAAUCUGCAGCGGAGCUUAGUAUGCUUGGAAUGUUCCUUUUAACUGGAAUAAUGCUAUUCUCAACAGCCAUUUACUUUUUUGAAAGAGAUGAACCUAAUUCGAAGUUCUACUCCAUUCCGGCUGCAUGCGUUAUAACCAUGACAACUGUUGGCUAUGGAGAUCUAGUACCGGCCACCGCAGCCUUCCCCAUAUCAAUGAUAAUCGAUAAAUUUGCUGAAAGCACUGCAAUCUGUUGGGAUGAUCCUGGUGCACAGAUAAGUCAAUUCGAAUUGUUAAGAAUGAAACGGAAUCCACGAAAAGGUUUCUUUUCGGAAAUUUAG